UUCGAACCUGCGAUCCCACGAAGAGUACCGGUAUCGGUAAUCAACGAUGCGGUGGCGAGCGUAUUCCUACCGCUUAGCACGGUGCGCCACACCGCCGAGUUGCUUCCCUAAAAGGUGCCUAUGCUUGUAUGGGUCUGGUAGUCGUACCGCACCGGUAGCCUAUUUGUUUUCGGAAGCAUGGACUUGAUGGUGGAGGAAGCCGUGGCCAACCAGCGGACAGCGGUUACAUGAAGUAUGAACCACUCUUUGGCGUCGAGUAGUCCAGCAAUCCUCUCGCACAUACCUACUCAGGUCUCAGGCAAGAAGGCGUCUCACUUCAACACUUUGUAAUCAAAUUAUGCAAUUUACUCUUACUUCUACUAUUAAGUAAAACAGUUACGAUAACCUAAUACGAGAUUACCGGUACCAUAGCGACUAUAUUUGAUAAAUGAGAUAGCUAGCAUGCAAUAGUUCUGUUAAAAUGUCUUCCACUUAUGUGUCCCAGUUGUACGUAACGAUCUCCGCGUGGGAUGCGAACCCACGCAGAGUAAUCAGAGGUGCGGUGGCGAGCGUAUUCUUAACGCUCAGCACGAUAAACCGCCGCGCCGCGUAGCAUAACCAUUUUGGCAUAACGUUACGUCAUUUCGGGUCUGGUAUAGUUUAGUACCACAUUCUUCUUCUAGUUGGCCUGGCUCAACAAUUUUUGCAUAUGUCAAUCCUAACCCCCACCUGAUUACGUCACCGAAAAAUUACGUCAUUUUGGCGUGAUAAGGCCCACCACAGUAUGCAGAUGGCCGUCCAAAACGCGCAGACGUUCACCCAAAAUCGAGCAAGUGAUUUUUCUCGUCACAACGAUCACGAUAGGAGAGAGAUCGCCGGCUUUAGCGAGUUCGUUAUUGGUGGCACAGAUGCCAUUUCGGGCGAUCGUAAUUAUAAUUUGCCAAGCACUAUGACAGGAGAUGCCAUUUUGGGCGACCGUAGCUUUCCUUUGGCAAGCUCUAUGACAUGUUCUAUGUUAAUGCAGUAAUCUCUGGUCCUGACUUCACUACAAUGUCACCCUCUAUCUGUCUUUCAAACUUAAGCCUAACUCCAGAACUCUGUAAUUGGAGAGGUAACAAAACACUGAAACAAGGAAGCCAGAAAUUACAGUGCUAUGGCUCCUGCCAUGCUGACAACAUUAUUGUAAACUACCGGUAUGUGAUCUGUACCAUUGAAAAAUACUGAAGGCCUUGCAGUCAAAAAUGAGAUACUGUAACUGACAAAACUAUAGUACUGUUAUAUUAUCAGUCACAGUUAAAGAAGCUAAGUGAGCAACAUACUGAUUUUCUUAUUUCCUGACCUUAGAUAAGGUCAAAUCACACUAAGGUAGCCUAUAACUUGACAAAACUUCAAUGUAGUGGUCAAUUACAAUGGUAAUCUACUAUUAAUAAUGCUUUUUUAAAAGGUCCAAAUGAUGUGCGAUUACACAAAUAUUCCUAUUUAAUUUAUGAAGUGACAUGCUGCUGAAUACAAUGUUUAAAUCUAAUUUCCGGACAAUAUCAUUGACAUAUCGAUUUUUGCAAAAUACUAUAUACCCUAUGUCCCACCAAAAACCUCAUUUAAAUGCAAAAUUUGGAAUAAAAAGCAUACAUGCGGAAAGUGUGAAGCAAAAAAUACAAUCUGAACUGGAGUCACCAUCGAAAACCAUACCUUCAUACUACGAUCGAUAUGUAUUUCCCGAACCUCCUACUUUGAUUUCAGAAAAUGAACACAACAAAGUUAUAUCAAAAGUCAAUGAAAUUGUCAAAGAUCCAGGUAGACUUUUUGCUGUUGUACUCAUCAGUGGCCACCAGUACAAAGUUACUACUAAUGAUAUUAUUAGUACAAUUGGAUAUAUUCAAGCUGAUUGUGGAACUCGUAUCCGAUUGGAAAAAGUUGGAAUGGUUGGUGGUGCAGAUUUUACACUAGUCGGGAGGCCAAUAUUGAAAAGGAACAUUGUUAAAGUCGAAGCUACAAUCAUAGAAAAAACUCCUAGCAUCGAUGUCAUUAUUAAAAGAUUUAUGAGGAGAAAGAGUUUUGAAAGAACAUAUAAAUUUAAUUCACUGCACACUAUUUUAAGGAUUAACAGUAUAGAAGUUCUUCAAGAUCUUGAGUAAGGUUAAUUGCUUCGACUUCCCAGUAUGUUUUGUCUCAACCAAUGAAAUUUGAAGUAGAAUAAAGUGUGGAUGAAAAAAUCAUAGGUAAAAAUUCGCAUCUACAAGAAAUAUGUAAAGUACUUGGAGAAUUCAUUGGAAUUCGGGUUGGUGUUUGACUACACAAGUAAACAAAAAUUAAUUGUUUAUGGAUUUAUCAUCAUCUAAUUUAUAGUAAAGAUAUUUAAAUUGAUGUGAAUUGAAUUUCAAUUUUUUCAAAAACAAUAUUCUUCAUAAUGUCUUGAAAAAUUUUUCCAGUAUUCAACUAUUUUAUACUGUUUCUCAUUGAUGAACUGUUCUUGAACAAAAAAUACAAAAUUACAUUGAAUUCUUAAGUAACUGUAUCAUUGGAUAAAAUUUUAUUGGGAUCGCAUAACAUGUUAACAUUAUGUUUACCAUUUUUAAAUAACAAAUUGUUAUUUUAAACUUCUCUUAUUUUUGCUGCAAUGUAAGUUGGAUUUUAGUACUAUCUAUCGCCAUUGAAAAUAAAGGGUGAAUCAAAUAUAGGUUAAUAGUUGAUUAUUAUAAUCGAUAUAUUUUUUCAUGAGCUCUUUUUCAUGAGCUCGUAUUGCCAACUGAAUUCUCUUAUCUUCCAUGGUUGUUGGCUAUAAAACUGAUUUGGUGAUUCACCUUCAUUAAUUAUUAUACUUGCAGAUCAACAUUUUAUUUUGGUACCUAUCUCUGUGAGUUUCUGUAUGCUUAUGUGGAUAUGAAAAUCUGCUGUCAGAAAUGAUCAUUUCUAAAUAUCUAUUGGUGUCCUUUUCAGUACAUCAGUGUGGAUCAAGUGAUGAUUGUUGGACUUGUGCAUUAAAUUAUUGUUGAAUUGCAACCCCUUGUUCAAUAUACAGGCCCUCAUCAACCCAUAA